AUGGAGCGAGAGGGUCGUGCAUUCACGCCAACGUUGGCAAAUCUGGUGGCCAAGCUGAAGAACAAGGAUGCAGACAUUGAGCGCCGCAUACUCAACGUCUACUUGUGGGGCUCGCGUGUUUACGGACUGGCAAACGAGAACUCGGACUACGACUUCCUGGUGGUGACCACGCACGAAGACGAGCCCACCACUUGGAACAAGGCCUCAGCUACCGACAACGUGUGGUGUGGCAGAACGCACGACAUGAACUUCCCGGGCUACGACGAUGACGACGUCAACGUGUCCCUCGUCAGCGCACACUACUGGAGACGCAUCCUAAAGGAGGAGCUGGUGGUGGCAUUCGAGGUGGACGAGGACGUGCUCCGGCGUACCGUCAUGUUCGCCUCCCGGCAGCGCUUCAGCAUAGCACAGUGGCACUGGGAGAGUCCGGCCGAGAUCUACCGACGCAAGAAGGACAUCAUCACGGACUACAGCGCGGCAAAUGAGUACUACCACCGCAUCAUGGCCGAGCCGAACGUGAAGGCCCAGGUGGACUUCGAGUACUACCGCAACGAGAAGGAGCGCAUCGCCAAAGCCUUCAAGGGAGUGGUGGUGAAGGCCAUGGUUGAUAAAUCCAUGAAUGCCAAGCUUGUAGAGGUGAAGGUCUUUCCAGGCCAAGGGCAGAGGCACUAG